AUGCACAGACAAGAUGGUGGUUUAAUGCGAAAUGCAUGGCAGUACGAACCGACUGCAAUGUGCUGUGAUUGCCAUCCCAAGAAGAAUGAUAUGAUACUUGCUGCUGCAUCGUAUUCCUGUAUCGUUUCCAGUAUGAGUAGUACAGUCACGAUGCUACAUAAAUUUAACUCGACGAAUAAAAAAAAUUCUCGCUGCAGAAGAACAAUUGAGAAACGUUGUACAAAUCAAAGCUUAUUUGUAACUAAUAGCUUUCAGAAAGCAGAUCGACCGGCACUGCUUGUAGGAAUACCUUCACUAAGUGGUUAUGGACGAUUGCACCAUGCUCGUGGGGCAUGCAUUUACAGGAAGAGAUACCCAUGCUCGUCAUCAUUCUUGGUUUUAAGAAAUGACAGUUCAUAG